GAAGAAAAACCUAAGUUCAAGUAAGAUUUCGACUGAGCGGUAUUCGAACCAGCACCUAUAAAGUCCUCUACCUGCCCAAGACACAACCCUUACCUAGCAAGAUGCUACAGCUGACCAAGUCUCGACCUGCCAGAUACCUGAUGUCCACCGUCAUCGCUUUCGUCAUCAUCAACCUGCUCAUCGUGCUGACAACAAGGUUUAGACAUCAGGACAUAUCCACACAGACCUACGAAGUUUUCCGGCGAUAUGACCCGUACGGACAAUUCAAGAAUGGGAAGAAAGUCGUUGAUAUGGUCGUUCAGGACAGCCGGAGACCUACGGAGCCGAAAUUUCCCAUUGAUAUUGUACAAGGGAAGCAACUACUCGAUAUCCCAAACACGGGGGUCUAUAAGACCCCCAACACAGAGGACCUUGGCGAUAAGACCCCCAUCACGGAGGAUACGGUUGAUGAGACCCCCAACACGGACCCACCACGACCUGCUUGCCAGGACUCGUCUCACACGGGGACCGAGUCGCCUGAGAUUGAAAAUAAACCCGAGGGCCUUACCCAGCUGAAACUCUGUCCGUUUGACUUAGAAAACUUGAUCGGCCAUCUUGCUCCAAUGACCCAGAACAUCGAACCCUCUCAACUGGAGAAAUACUUCCCUGACCUUGAAGACGGCGGACGACUUCGACCACGUGACUGCGUGCCCAGACAACGGCUGGCACUGAUCAUCCCCUACAGGAACCGUUGGCUCCAUCUCCACGUCAUGUUACAUAACCUGUUGCCUAUACUCAAACGGCAGCAGGCUGACGUCACCAUAUUCGUCAUUGAACAGACGAUGCCAGGUAGAUUCAACAGAGGCGCCUUGUCCAAUAUUGGUUUCCUGGAGGCGGAGAAAUUGGGCAAAUUUGACUGCUACAUUUUCCAUGACGUUGAUUUGAUUCCACUCAACGACUACCACCUGUACAGGUGUGACAGCCAGCCCAGACAUUUUGCUGUCUACAUGAACAAGUACAACUACAGAAUAUCCUACCCAGCCUACUUUGGUGGUGUGACCGGAUUCUCACGUGGUCAGUACCUUCAGAUCAACGGCUACUCCAACUUGUAUUUCGGGUGGGGAGGGGAGGACGAUGACCUGUACAAUAGGACUUUGUCGCAAGGCUUCAAAGUGUCAAGGUCGCCAGCCAACGUGGCCAGGUACCUCAUGUUCAACCACAGUCGUGACGUCGGCAAUGAGGACAACCCGGACAGAUCGAAACUUCUGAAAAAUUCGACGAAGAGGAUGUUUGCUGAUGGCCUAAACACAUGCAAAUACCAAGUGAGGCAAAUUACAAGGUACAGGCUAUUCACUUUGAUCACUGUGGCACUGAACGAGGCAGAACUUUUAAAGCAAGCCUCGGCGUAUCUUCUAAAUGUAAAGAGCAAUAACCAGACGUCCCACCCAGGCCAACAAACGAGAAUAAAACCUAAAACAUCUACAAAUAUCUCUCAGCCACUUCCGCUAGAGUAGUGAGGAUUCGAACCCGCACUCUCUAGCUGCAUCAAGUCCAA